CCCAUGACCGGGUUGUUGGAUCCGAUUUGCGAGUUAACCAUACACCUCCAGUCUCAUGAUCACUCCAUCUUCAUUCAGAAACCAGAGAUUAGACAAAAUUUAGCAGAUCCUUGAAGAAUUCCUCAAUACCUUAUUCCCACUCAUUUGCAAUUAUCAAUCGCACACAUUAAUCCGCAAGGAUUAGGCAGUGAAAAGCCAGAAAUCGACUAAUUUUUUCAUUUGAAAGGAUGUAAAAAAAGUAAAGGAUAUUAGAGUUCUGGUUUUGCGCAUGUUAAGCUGGGAGGAAUCGAAAGGAGCGUGAAUAAGAUGAGUGUCCGAUGGUGCCAUGUUAUUGUCUCUGUUCUUGGGCUAUUGGUGUUCGAAUCCGCUUUGUUUGUUGAUGGAGGGACAACCAGUAGUUUUGUAAGAAAAUAUGACAAAACUAUCGAUAUGCCUCUUGACAGUGAUGUGUUUACUGAGCCUCCCGGUUAUAAUGCGCCUCAACAGGUUCAUAUAACCCAAGGUGAUCAUGUGGGGAAGGCAAUGAUUGUAUCUUGGGUGACAAUGGAGGAACCAGGUUCAGAUACAGUUGUUUAUUGGAGUGAAGACAGCAGUAGUAGUCAGAACAUAGCCGAGGGCAUUGUUACCACCUACACAUACUACGAUUAUACUUCUGGAUUCAUCCAUCAUUGCAAUCUUACUGAUUUGGAGCAUGAUACAAAAUACUACUAUGAAAUUGGGAUCGAACAUGCAUCAAGAACUUUCUGGUUCACAACUCCUCCUCCAAUUGGACCAGAUGUCCCUUUUACUUUUGGCCUUAUUGGAGAUCUUGGCCAAAGUUUUGAUUCAAACAUCACACUUACUCACUAUGAAAUGAAUCCUACAAAAGGAAAAACCGUCUUAUUCGUUGGAGACAUUUCUUAUGCUGAUAACUAUCCUUAUCAUGAUAACACAAGAUGGGAUUCAUGGGGAAGAUUUGCUGAAAGAAGUACAGCAUAUCAACCAUGGAUAUGGACUGCAGGAAAUCAUGAACUUGACUUUGCACCUGAACUUGGAGAGACUGAACCUUUUAAGCCUUAUACUCACAGGUAUCAAGUCCCCUUUGAAGCAUCAGAAAGUACUUCCCCUUUUUGGUACUCAAUCAAGAUAGCUUCAGCAUACAUCAUUGUCUUAUCUUCAUAUUCAGCUUAUGGUAAAUACACUCCUCAACAUGAAUGGCUGGAAAAAGAAUUGCCCAAAGUUGACAGAAGUGAAACCCCAUGGUUGAUUGUAAUGACGCAUACGCCCUUGUACAAUAGCUAUAUCUAUCACUACAUGGAAGGUGAAUCUAUGAGAGUCGUAUUCGAGCCUUGGUUUGUAAAAUACAAAGUUGAUGUUGUGUUUUCUGGUCAUGUCCAUGCCUAUGAACGAACAGAGAGAAUAUCGAACAUUGCUUAUGAUGUUGUUAACUCGAAAUGUGAUCCUAUAAAAGAUGAUUCUGCUCCUAUAUACAUAACCAUUGGUGAUGGAGGAAAUCUUGAGGGCUUGGCUAUCAACAUGACUGAGCCACAGCCGAUGUACUCUGCUUUUAGAGAAGCUAGUUAUGGGCAUGCUAUUUUGGACAUCAAGAAUAGAACACAUGCGUAUCAUAGUUGGCAUAGGAAUCAAGAUGGAUAUGCUGUUACAGCUGAUUCAAUGUGGUUUUAUAAUAGAUAUUGGUAUAAUCAUGACUUACAUGCAUCAUCAUGAUUCAUGAUCAUUUUCUUUUAUUUUUUUUUUAAAGUCAGUAGUACCUUGUAAAUCAAUUCGUGUAGUAUCUGGUUUUCUUUCCAGAAGAGCCAUUGUCCUACAUAUUUAGAGGAGAUACGAAUGUGUCUAUCUGGGACUCUAAUAUAGGAAUAUAUAAAGUUUUAUAUUGUAUGGGUAAAAUGGAUAUGGAAAUAUUUCAUUGC